AUGUGUUUGGGUUGCUGUAAAAAUGUGAAGCAACGGUUCAAUGACUUUAUUAACAAACGAGGCGGGAAUGUAGUUGACUUGGGUGUUGGUAUUAUUAUUGGUGGGGCUUUCUCAUCCUUGGUUAAUUCUUUUGUGAUUGAUAUUUUGACACCACCUCUUGGUUUGUUAUUUCGAGGUUCAAAUCUCGUAAACUGGUUUAUUAUUCUUCGACCUGGUCAGCAUCCCGACCAAAAGUAUAACACGCCAGAAGAAGCACAAGCUGAUGGUGCGGUCACAGAAAAUGUGGGACGAUUUCUUAACAAUGUGAUUCAAUUCUUUAUUCUCGCGUUCGCCUUAUUUUGGAUUAUGUAUGGAGUCAGUGCAAUUGAAAAAGAAGCGGAGAAGUUUCGUGAACUUACGGAAGGUGCCAAAGAGGACGACGUUAAAGAGAUGCUUUGUUCCUGGUGUAAAGCAUCAGUUCCCAAAAACGCAUUUAAAUGUAAAUUCUGUUGUAGUGUUUUGAGCGAGAAACCUCCCAUUACUGAACAGUCACAAUCGAAUACAAAUAAUCCAAAUGUCAAUAAUAAUGUGGAGGCCUCUAAUUCACAAACCCCUACGGAAACCUUGAUUGAUUCUUUAGCUCCUGUACAAAUUUUUCAAGACGAGGCAACAGAGGAACGUGCUGAAAAUGCGCGUCUUUCGUCUUUUAUUGGAGCGAUAGCCAUCGGUGAUCUGGUAAAAAGUACCUUAGGUCCAAAGGGAAUGGACAAAAUUCUUCAAUCUUUAUCGAAUGGUGACAUAACUGUUACAAAUGAUGGAGCAACGAUUCUUAAAUCAAUUGCACUUGACAAUGCUGCAGCAAAAGUUCUUGUCAAUAUAUCUAAAGUUCAAGAUGACGAAGUUGGUGAUGGAACAACGUCUGUUUGUGUGCUUGCCGCGGAAUUGCUGCGCGAAGCCGAGAAAUUGGUAAAUCAAAAAAUUCAUCCCCAAACUAUUAUUGAAGGAUAUCGCAUCGCCAGUAAUGCUGCCUACAAAGCUUUAGAAGCUUCGGUGAUUGAUAAUGGACAAAAUCCAGAAGCAUUUCGAAAAGAUCUAUUUAAUAUUGCUCGCACAACUUUAAGUUCGAAAGUAUUAAAUCAAGAUAAAGAGUAUUUCUCGAAUCUUGCGGUCGAUGCUGUUCUAAGGCUCAAGGGAAGCACUAAUUUAGAGCAUAUACAAAUUAUUAAAAGGGCUGGUGGUAGAUUAGUCGAUUCAUAUCUUGAUGAAGGUUUCAUUUUGGACAAAAAAAUUGGAGUGAAUCAACCAAAAAGAAUUGAAAAUGUCAACAUAUUGAUUGCCAACACACCAAUGGACACGGAUAAAAUUAAAAUAUUUGGUGCUAGAGUUCGCGUCGACUCUACAGGGAAGUUGGCAGAAUUGGAAAGAGCCGAACGCGAUAAAAUGAAGGAAAAAGUUGAAAAAAUCAAGGCUCAUGGAAUUAACUGCUUUGUAAAUCGUCAAUUAAUUUAUAAUUGGCCUGAAUCGUUGUUCGCUGACGCCGGUAUUAUGUCGAUCGAGCAUGCCGAUUUUGAUGGUGUAGAAAGAUUGGCACUUGUUACUGGUGGGGAGAUUGUUUCCACAUUUGAUCACCCGGAGCUUGUUAAACUCGGUCAUUGUGACUUAAUAGAAGAAAUAAUGAUCGGCGAAGAUAAGCUCAUUAAGUUCUCUGGAGUUGCAGCGGGUGAAGCGUGCACAAUUGUGCUACGUGGCGCGACAAGACAACUACUAGAUGAAGCCGAGAGAUCUUUACAUGAUGCUUUAAGUGUAUUGACACAGACAAUAAAAGAGACAGGGACUGUAUUAGGUGGAGGUUGUUCCGAAAUGUUAAUGUCGAAAGCUGUCGAUGAAAUCGCCGCUAAAACGCCCGGCAAAAAAGCAAUUGCUAUCGAAUCUUUUGCUAAAGCAUUAAGACAGAUUCCCACAAUCUUGGCAGAUAAUGGAGGAUUCGAUAGCUCCGAUUUGGUGGCUAAAUUACGCGCCGCUCAUUACGAAGGCAAAUCCACAUAUGGACUAGAUUUGAUGGAAGGCGAAGUGGCGGAUGUACGCGAACUUGGAAUCACCGAAUCGUUUAAACUCAAACGUCAAGUUCUUACAAGUGCAUCAGAAGCAGCAGAGAUGAUUUUACGUGUGGACGAUAUUAUUCGAUGUGCUCCUAGAAAACGUCAAGGACAAUAG